UAUUGUACUCAUAUCUAGCACUAUGGAAUCAUUGCAAAAAUCAAUGGCACAAAUGAUGGAGCAUUUCAACACAAAAAUGGCGGAUUUUCAAAAGGAUUUACAAAAGGCCAGCCCCACUCCGACACUCAAAGCACUAUCCACUGAUUUUGUUGCUUUCAAGAAUUUUGUUUCUACGAUGAUGAGGGAGUUUCAGCAACAGUUUGAGUUGUUGGCCCAGCAGCAGAAUCGUCUGGAGAUACAACAAGACCAGUUCGAGAUGAGAGGACGCCGGAAAAUCCUACUAUUGCAUGGAGUGUCUGAGAGCCCGAAGGAGGAUAUUGUAUCCAUAAUCUCUGGUUUGACAGCAAAUAAGCUAAAGCUUUCCAACUUCAGGGAAGAUGAUCUUUGCCGUUUUCAUCGCCUAGGCAAGGCAUCUCGACAAAAGCCAAGGCCUAUUCUUGUGGAAUUUUGUACCCUUGCAAUAAAGAACAAGUUUUGGGCUGCCAAAACGCAACUGAAGGGGGCCGGUGUGACGAUGUCUGAAUUUCUCACUAAAGGGCGGCAUGAUACAUUUAUGGCGGCACGUGAAAGCUUCGGCGUAAACAGGUGUUGGACUCGGGAUGGCUAUGUGUUUGUGGUCACUCCUGAUGGGGUGAGGCAUCAUCUGAACUCCUGUGCAGAGGUAAAACACUUGAGCCUUUCAUUUUCGAACGCUGAGACUGGCGGUGGUCUCGUCGCCGGUGCCAUUUCUACCCCGAAAGCAACAGUGGUCGCCAAGAAGUGA